GGUGGAAAAUUAAUUGGUAAGCAUGUUCUGCUAAAUUAUGUGAGUUUGUUACUCAUUAAAAUUACGAUGUCUGUGUUACUAAAAAGCCUUUCGGCUAUUUCAAAAACGAAUCAUGGGAUUCUGAACUUCGAAAAAGGUUUCAAAGUGUUGUAUUUAAAAUUCCACAGUGAAGGGAUGAACGUAAAGAACAAAAAAGUGGAAAGAUACAUGAAGCUGAAACAACCUCCGAACAAAGUAGUGGCUGAAUACAUCUGGAUCGAUGGAACUGGCCAGAACGUUCGAUCAAAAGGUAGAGUAUUAGACUUUGUGCCGGAAGUAGUGUGCCAACUUCCGAUAUGGCAGUACGAUGGAAGUUCUACAUAUCAGGCCAAAGGUGAAAACUCUGACAUCUACCUGAUGCCAGUGGCUAUAUAUUGUGAUCCAUUCAGAGGUGGAGACAACAGACUGGUUCUGUGCGAAACAUACAACUACAAGAAAGAGCCGACUGAAACCAAUCAUAGAAAAUGUUGUUUUGAAACAAUGACUAAAGCGUGCAAACAAAAACCGUGGUUUGGGAUCGAACAAGAGUACACACUGCUCGAAACCAACAGAUGGCCACACAUGUGGCCUAAGGAGGGGUACCCGGCGCCCCAAGGACCUUACUACUGUGGAGUGGGGGCCAGUAAGGUCUAUGGCCGGAACAUUGCUGAAGCCCAUCUCCGUGCGUGUUUGUAUAGUGGCUUGAACAUAUCUGGACUCAACGCUGAAGUUAUGCCCGGUCAGUGGGAAUUCCAGGUCGGUCCAUCCGAAGGAAUAACGACGGCUGAUGAACUAUGGAUUGCCAGAUACAUCCUUAAACGCAUUGCUGAAGAGGAAGGCGUUAUAGCUUCUUUCGAUCCCAAGCCGGUUACAGGAGAUUGGAACGGAGCUGGUGGUCACUGUAAUUUUUCAACGGAAAAAAUGAGGCAAGACAAUGGAAUUUGUGAGAUUGAAAAAGCAGUUAAGAAACUAGAAAAAACCCAUGCCGAGCAUAUUAAAGUAUACGAUCCUAAGGGAGGUUUGGAUAAUAAAAGGAGAUUGACUGGAAAACAUGAAACAUCUUCUUUAGACAAAUUCACGUCUGGGGUGGCUAAUCGGAAUGUCAGUGUGCGGAUAUCGAGGGACGUGGCCGAAGCAAAGAAGGGACAUUUGGAAGAUCGCCGUCCAGCAGCAAAUGCUGAUCCUUAUCAAGUAUGUAAUGCAAUCGUUUGCUCUGUAUGUCUCUUAGAUUAAACGCUGUAUUUUAUGGAAAA